GGUGCAUUCUCGGUAAAAGUACCGUGAAAACGUCAGUCAUAUCACAAAACAAGAAAAUCCCGAGCAUUCUGAUAGGUCUUGAAUGUGUCAUAAUUCAUAUCCAAUGAGACCCCGCCCUGUCCACAGUGUACUGCUGACCGUUCGUGUGUUCGGGUAUUACAGUCGCGCCUUCUCGCGUUAGCUUCUAUGGCGACCAGGUUUAUAACCGUUCUCCCUCGCCCAACUGACCGGUUAGUUCCUAUUUGAGGGCUAAUGAGCGUCCAGUGCAAUGGGAUGAUGUAGCGGGAUAACUCCAUGGAAGAACUGCGCAGUACCUUAGCAUGCUAAGCUAACCUGGAACCAUAGACAAACUAACCAGUAACUAGACCGAGCUAAAGGCUCUAAGCUAACGCAGGCUAGCGCUCACCUGCGGGUGUUCCCGGCGUCGCCGUUGCCUACUAACAGGAUGGAAAGUGUGAAAGAGAACGACUCUGUAACGCUUUCGGCUUCACCGGCUCCACAGGGGACCCAUGACCCGAACGGUGACAGUAACCCCGCGAAGCCAAGUGGAUUAACGCCGGUUAAGAGACCCUCCAUCGGGGACGAUGAAGGCGGGGGCGCGGAGGCGAAACUCUUCGGGAAGGGACUGGCGGCCACCUCCCUUCUCCAGAUAGCGAUAAGGAACGGGAUCUACCAAAACCAAGUUGCCAAUGCUAUCGGCGGCGCGGCGAAAAACAUGAGCAUGCCCGCCGUCAGCAGCACCGCUUCGGUCAACUCUCUGCUGAGCAGGAGGCGGCACAGACACAAGCGGAACCUGUCCCUGGGGGCUCCGCCGAGCGCCGGCUCCCCCGGGGCGUCCUCCGCCGAGCCGGCCGGCCCCGCUCCCUCAGCCUCCCCGCUGAGCACCCUCAGCCUGGACAGGAAGACCUUCCUCCGGCAGAAGCAGUCCAAGCAGCUCCAGGCCUCUGACAAGUCGUGGGUGAGAGCGGACCUCCGGCGGGGGUGCAUUCACGUCCACGACUGGCUCACGCCCUCCUACCCGCGACCGGUGCUGUGCACGGUGGACACCACCGCCAAAGAGCUGGUCAGUAAGCUGGAGGGGAGCAAAGCCGGGGCUGUGCUGAGAAUAAACUGCAAACCGUCUGCUGUAACCGACCUGAACGGCCUUGGUAAAGAUAUGAACGGACUUUCUGUUGACACCGACAAUGUGGAUGUAAAGAACGCCAGCUCUGAGGAUGGGGAACACAGCAAACAAUGCUACCCAGAUGUUAACCUGCCAUCCAACCUGCUGCAUGACAAAACAGCCAGUAACUCUUCAUCUGAACUCUAUCUGAACGACAUAGGGGUGGAUUUGAGCCUGGGUGGGGCAGAUUGUUACGGGGUGUACUCUGGUUCGGACAUUGAGAGCAGCACCUGUGAGGACUUCAGCCCCGGUGGACCCAGGGGCGCGGAGCACCGUGAUGGAGACUCCCUCAACGACGGGCUGGGUUUGGGCACCGACUCCCCAGUUUUGAGUGCAAACACUGACAGCGCCACAGAGGAUCCUGACCUGUUUGAGAGCUCCUCCGAUGAGGUGGAGCUCACCUCCUCUCCAACUCACUCAACUGACAACUCUGCUGACCAGCAGUGGGACACCGGCAGGGCUUCUAGCCAAGGCCCGAGGCCAGAUGACGGCGGUGAAGCCGGAGAUAAUGCAGACACCCCCACAUCAAUCAAACCUCCCUCUAAAUGCCCUAGCAGCUCCCAGGCUCGGCCCCUGACCAGCCAAGCACCUGCCCAGCCCGACAUGGAGAUCCCAGGGGAUGGCAGAGGAUGGCCCGAGCCCAUCAAUCCCAGUCCGACCCCGGCUCUCUUCAUCCAGCUGCACGGGGGAGCCGUACGGAGGCUGGGAGAUGACGAAUUGCCCCUACAGAUCUUAAAAGAGUACCUCACCAAUCUGGGGUUUGAAGACCCUUGGAGGGUGCAGGAGGAGGGGAUGAAUCCAGAAAUCGGCUGCCUGAUUCGCUUCUACUUUGGUAAGCCGCGGAGCGUGGGCGGCUCCGAGCGCGUGCAGCUGUCCGGGGUGUUCAACGUGCGGAAGGGGAAGCUGGCGCUGCCCGUCAACCGCUGGUCCAAGCGGCAGGUCACUCUGAGCGGGACCUGCCUCAUCGUGUCGUCUGUCAAGCACGCCCACACGGGGAAGAUGCACAUCCUGCCCCUGAUCGGGGGAAAGGUGGAGGAGGUGAAAAGGCACAGCCACUGUCUGGCCCUAAGCUCGGCCGGCCCUCAGAGCCAGACCUACUACAUCAGCUACGACUCGUACCCCGAGCACCUCCGCUGGCACCGCAUGGCCUCCAAGAUCGCCUCUCAGAGGGUGAACUCGGUCGACCUGUCCUGCUGCAGCCUGGAGGAGCUGCCCGCUCAGCUGUUUUACAGCCAGGACCUCACCCACCUCAACCUCAAAAACAACUUCAUGUCCCCCCACAGAGGCGUUCCAGCUCUCACCAGGUUUUGUAAGCUGAGAAGCCUCAGCCUGUCCAAUAACGGUCUGUCUGAGUUUCCUCUGGCCCUGUGCGACUUCACCUCGCUCACAGAGCUGAACCUCUCUGGAAACCGCCUCUCUAAUCUGCCCGUGGAAGUGGGAACUAUGCAAAACCUGCAGACUCUCCUGCUGGAUGGGAACUUUCUGAGCCUGCUGCCUGCUGAGAUGGGCUCCCUGGAGGGUCUGACCUACCUUGGUUUGUCCUUCAACUGCUUCAGCAGCGUCCCCCCCGUCCUGGAGAAGCUCAGAGGCGUGGAGAGGCUCUGCUUGGCAGGGAACCAGCUCUCUGUCCUGGAUCUGGCCGAGCUGCAGUGGCUGCCCGCUCGCUACGUGGAUCUCAGGCUGAACCGGCUUCAGACGGCGACGGUGGCAGACGCAGAGCAGCUGUGCCACGUGGUCCAGCUGGACCUGAGGGAUACCAGUCUUCAGGAGCUGGACGUCCGCUCUCUCUGUAAGCUGGAGCUGCUCCGCUGUGACAGAAACUCUCUGUCCCUGCUCAGAGUCAGCGGCCACGCCCUGAAGGCUCUGCACGCCACUCGAAACGGUACAAACUCCCUCAACGUGCUGCCGAGACAUGAAACCAUGCAUAAACUUACACAUGUGGCCUUUGCGUUUGCAGAGCUGAAGCAUCUGGACGUGGAUCCUGUCCCAGAGAAUCUGACUGCCCUGGAUCUGUCCAGGAACAAGCUGGGAUCCAUUCCAGACUGGGUGUGUGAGAGCAGCAAGCUGGAGGUGCUGGACAUCACCCACAACUGUGUGACUGAGCUGCCUGUAGGGCUGUUGUCCAGCGGGAGUCUGAGGAAGCUGCUGGCAGGCUGGAACGAUGUCAGCCGGCUGGCGGAGAGGAUGGAGAGAUCUCAGCUCGAAGUUCUGGACCUCCAACACAACCACCUGACAGAGCUGCCACACAACCUGUUCAUCACGGCUCAGAGCCUACGAUACCUGAACGUGUCGGCCAAUAAGCUGGAGGACCUCCCUGCAGCCAGCCUGUCAGAGGACGCCUUCAGCAGCCUGGAGGAGCUCUAUGUGACCAACAACAGCCUGACCGAUAAGGUGGUGCCUCUGCUGACUGGACACAGCCACCUCAGGGUGCUGCACCUCGCCUACAACCAGCUGCAGACCUUCACCGCCAGCAAACUGGCUCAGCUGGAGCAGCUGGAGGAGCUGGACCUGAGCGGCAACCGGCUGAGAGCCGUGCCCACCACCAUCCUCAGCUGUCAGCGCCUCCACUCGCUGUGCGCCCACUCCAACUGCAUCAACACCUUUCCCGAGGUCCUCCAGCUGCCCGAGAUUAAGUGUGUCGACUUAAGCUGCAACGAGAUGACCGAGGUGACGCUUCCGGAGUCGCUUCCUCCCAAACUCCAGGAGCUGGACCUCACAGGAAAUCCCCGACUCAACCUGGACCACAAGAGCCUGGAGCUCCUGAACAACAUCCGCUGCUUCCGGGUGGAUCCGUCGCCCUCGGCUCCGUGUGCGAACGACGGCCACGGCGGCCCCUCCGUGUGGAGGCACGGCUACACCGAGGCGUCCGGAUUCAAGAACAAGCUGUGCGUGGCAGCUCUGGCCCAGGACAGCUUCUGCGGCGUCCGCGAGGCUCUGUACGGGGUGUUUGACGGGGACCGGAACGUGGAAGUGCCCUACCUGCUGCAGUGCACCAUGGGAGACGUGCUGGCGGAGGAGCUGCAGCGGGGCCAGAGGCAGGAGGACUACAUGAGCAGCACCUUCCUCACCAUGCAGCGGAAGCUGGGCACGGCGGGCCAGAGGAUGGGCGGCUCGGCCGCUCUGUGCCACAUCAGGCACGACCCGGUGGCGCCCGGCGCCGAGCACGCCGGCUGCUUCACGCUGACGGCCGCCAACGUGGGCAGGUGCCAGGCCGUGCUGUGCAGGGACGGCCGGGCCGUGCUGCUGUCGGGCGUCCACACCGAUAACAAAGUCAGCGGUGUGACGGACUCCACCAGGAUCUUGGGGUACUCCUUCCUCUGUCCCUCCGUCACGCCCUGUCCCCACGUCUCCACGGUAACACUAACGCCACAGGACGAGUUUUUCCUCCUGGGCAGCCGGGGAUUGUGGGAGCUGCUGUCCCCCGGGGAGGCCAUCGAGGCGGUCAGGAACGUCCCGGACGCGCUGGCCGCCGCCAAGAAGCUGGUGACGCUGGCGCAGGGCUACGGCUGCCCCGACAGCCUGAGCGCCGUGGUGGUGCAGCUCAGCAUCACCCAGGACUGCUGCUGCUUCUGCGAGCCGCCGCCGCCCCCGCCCAGCCCCGGCCCCGCCGCCCACGCCGGCGCCCAGCCCUACUCGUCCGGCGGCGAGGGCGGGCUCCCGCUGCCGCCCGCCUCCUCGGGCACCGCCAGCGAGCUGAGCAGCGAGUUCAGCACGUCGGAGAUGAGCAGCGAGGUGGGCUCCACGGCGUCCUCCGAGGAGCCGGCGCCCCACGCCGAGCAGCCGGGCUCUCAGCCCCCCCCGCAGGGCCGGGCGGCCGCGCGCCGGCCCGCCUGCGGGGGCGGCGGCUUCCAGAGGCAGUUCUCCGGGGCGCUGUCCGACAACGGGCUGGACAGCGAGGACGAGGAGCCCAUCGCCGGCGUCUUCUCCAACGGCAGCCGCGUGGAGGUGGAGGCCGACGUCCACUGCCUGCUGCGCCACGGCCGCGCCCACGCCAACCCGCCCGCCGCCCCCGGAAACGAGCCCUCGCCGCUGGCCGCGCCCUCGCCGUCCCCGUCCCCCGUCCCGCCCUCCUCGCCCGGCCUGGGGGGGGACGGCCGGGCGGGGACUCUGGGCCGCCGGGCGCGGGCCAACGGCUCGGUCGCCUGCCAAGGCCGGAGCCAGGACCUCAUCGAGGAGGCCGCCGACGCCCCGGUCAGGAAGCAGGGGGGCUACUUCAACGCCCCCGCACAGCCGGACCCCGACGACCAGCUGGUCAUCCCGCCCGAGCUGGAGGAGGAGGUCCGGCUGAUCAUCCAGCAGCAGCAGCAGCAGCAGCUGCAGGCGCACAGCUACCAGAAACCCGCUGACUACUUCAUCACUCACCUCUGA